AGGGCGUGGCCUUUGUCUUGUAGGAGGAUCGUUUGCUUUUUUCCCCAGUGCGCCAUUCUGGAUGAAUCACGCGUCGUGUGAUUGGGCUCUAGGCGCCACUCUCGGAGCCAAUCAGAGGAGCAUCGGUCGACGGCGAAGACGACUUCAGUUCCGUGCUGAUCUCAUUACUCAUAACCCACAGCAGUCAGACGGUAAACAUGGAGCAGUACACCACCACGACAGCUAGUGGAGAGCAGAUAGUGGUGCAGACCAGCAGCGGACAGAUCCAACAACAGGGCACAGUGACUGCAGUGCAGUUGCAGACUGAGCCUCAGGUAGGCCAGACUGCAGCCCAGCAGGUCCUUCAGGUUCAAGGACAGCCUCUUAUGGUACAAGUCAGUGGAGGUCAGCUCAUCAGUUCUUCUGGGCAGCCCAUAAUGGUACAGGCAAUGACAGGAGGACAAGGUCAAACCAUCAUGCAAGUACCAGUAUCUGGUACACAGGGAUUUCAGCAGAUUCAGCUGGUACAACCCAGUCAAAUCCAGCUUCCUGGUGGACAGACUUUACAGCUACAUGGUCAGCAGGGACAGACCCAACAAUUCAUCAUUCAACAGCCACAGACUGCAGUCACUGCAGGACAGAACCAGGGUCAGCAACAGAUCACUUUGCAAGGUCAGCAGGUGGCACAAACUGCUGAAGGACAGACUAUCGUUUACCAGCCUGUUAAUGCAGACGGGACCAUCCUACAGCAGGGAAUGAUCAGUAUUCCAGCUGCAUCUUUAGCAGGAGCUCAGUUACUCUCAGCUGGAUCCAACACAAACACUACCAACACCGGUCAGGGCACAGUGACGGUCACUCUUCCCAUGGCAGGAAACAUGGUCAAUGCUGGAGGAAUGGUCAUGAUGGUCCCAGGGGCUGGCGGGUCGGUUCCCGCCAUGCAGCGCAUUCCUCUUCCUGGAGCAGAGAUGCUGGAGGAGGAACCUCUGUACGUCAACGCUAAACAGUAUCACAGGAUCCUCAAGAGAAGACAAGCCCGUGCCAAACUAGAAGCUGAGGGCAAAAUACCCAAAGAGAGAAGAAAAUACCUGCAUGAGUCCCGUCAUCGUCACGCCAUGGCCAGGAAGCGCGGAGACGGUGGACGCUUCUUCUCUCCGAAGGAAAAGGAAGAAAUGGCCAUGCAGGCCCUUAAGGUGAGCGAGGGGCUUGAGCUCAGCUCUCAUUGGCCAGCCACCUCUGCCCCGCCUCUGGGGUAAACUAUCCAAUUCCAGCUUGUGUCCUACCCAAGAGACUCUAUACACCUAAUUUAAUUUAGACCAUCCAUACGCUGCAGCUCUAUGCCUGAGCUACUUCGUGCGUCUGUGACACAUUCAUGUCCAAACUGUCUCUGUCUGUGAGUUAACUGUCACUUCCAACCAACUAAAUUGAACAUGCAUACUAAGAAUUAGUAUAUGUUCUAGUAUGUAGUAUGAGCAAAUAAAAUGUACUGAUUGGUCCCCAUGUUUGUAACUUCUUGUAGCUUUUUUCCUUCUUUUAAUAAUUUAAUAAUUGAGCUGCAUAUCUUUGUGUGCAGCUUAAAGAUAGUAUGCUUGAACUCUGCUAAUUGGAAAUAGCUUCUUUCAGAAAACUUCAGCUGUAAACAUGGGUGAUUAGCACAAUUUCCCCUCUCAGUGUUUAAGGUUUCUUGUCUUAAAUGUCUGACUGCUACUUUAAAAGGAAAUCUUCAACCUUGAAGUCUUUGUUCUGUCUGCAUUUCUGCCAUUUGUCCUUCCAUGUGGUAAACUUCUGCUCAGACUGCUUGUGAUAGUCAUUGAAUGCUGAGAUGUAUUAAUCUGUGUUUAUUUGUCCUUUUACCAUCUUACUGGUAUGAAUAGCCAUUCAAAAUGAUGUGUUUUCAUGAGUGAUGUAUGGCUUGGCUUGCGCUCUUUAACGCUCUUCUGACUUUGCCCAGAGCUGUGUCUUUGUUGUUGCUUUUGCCAUUUUAUGUUUCUUACAGCGGGCUGUAAGUGGGCUUUUGUUAGCAUUCAUGUUUGUUACUUAAUGAUGUGUGUGUAUAUAU